AUGAUUCAGAUACAUGGCGUUGGCGGUGCCAACGAGCCCGUGCAUGAUAUCGAAAAAGAUACAGCGCUGGCAGUAGUUGGCGAUGUAGCUCAGGAUAUUGAUCCCGUUAUGGCCAAAAGAGUGUUACGGAAAAUUGAUCUCUAUUUCAUGCCAGCGAUGCUGAUAGGCUAUGGCAUUGUUUACUGGGAUAAGGCAAUUUUGGGCAGUGCGACUCUCUUUGGCAUGACCACCGAUCUAGCAUUGAAACAAGUGGACUAUUCAACAACCCUGGCAACAGUGGAUACCUCGCGUCUUAGCUGGGCAACUUCUGUCUUCUACUUUGGAAUGCUAGCAGGACUGUAUCCAAUGACUUUUGUAUUGCAGAAGUUUAAUCUCCGAUACGUUUUUGGUCCUGUUGUUUUACUUUGGGCGAUCACCUGUGCAGCAACCGCUGGCGUAACAUCCUGGCAAGGAUUAUACGUACAACGUUUCUUCCUUGGCGUUAUCGAGAGUGUAAUUCCGACUGGCUUCAUGACUAUUGUAAGCAGCUAUUACACCCAAGAGGAGCAAACUCUCCGCCAAGCUUGGUGGUUUUCUGGCGUUGGUUGGUUCACGAUUAUUGGAAGCGCUCUCAACUAUGGAUUUGGUCAAAUUACCUAUGGAGCUCUCAAAAGCUGGCAAUACAUUUACGUGUUUGCUGGAGUCCUUACAUUUUUGUUCGGUAUAUGGUGUUGCAGCAUGCCGAACUCCCCAGUCACCGCUUGGUUCCUGACCCCAGAAGAGCGGGUCGUCGCUGUAGAGCGCUUAAGAAAGGGACAGACGGGUGUUCGAUGCCAACAAAUCAAGUUCGAUCAAGUCAAAGAAUCGAUCACAGACCCGAAGAUCUACCUAAUCGCUAUUAUGAUGGCAGCAGCAUACACAAUCAACGGAGCCAUCUCAGGUUUUGGUCCCCUGAUUGUCUCGACCUUCGGCUACGAUACUCUGGAUUCAAUUCUGUUCCAAUUUCCCGUGGGAGGAAUAUGUAUCAUUUUCAUUCCUCUGUGUGGUUAUAUUCCCACGGUGAUCCCUAAUACACGACUUCCAAUGCUCAUCGCAUGUUGCUUGCCUGUUAUUGCUGGCUGUGUCAUGAUCUGGAAGUCUCAGUGGGGAUAUCACCCUGCUGUUCCCGUCGCUGGCUAUGCGCUCACUGGAUUCUUCGGUCCAGUGGUGAGCCUCAUCAUUACGAUUGGAGCAAGUAACGUUGCCGGUGCCACAAAGAAAACCAUCAUGGCCGCUACUACCUUUGUUGCUUAUACUGUUGGCAACAUUAUUGGGCCUCAACUGAUCAAGAGCAGCACAAUAGAUCAGCACUAUCCCGAGUUAUGGGAAGGGAUGAUCAUCUGUUACUGUAUCACUAUCGCCGCGGCCGUUGUUCUGUAUGUUUUGCUUUGGAGAGAGAACCGCAUCCGAGAUGAAUUGGAUCUCGACGAAGUGCAACGGGACAAGAUUGCUUUCGAUGACCUCACAGACAAGCAGAACCCGUUCUUUAGAUACGUUCUGUAA